AUGUCGUUCGGAAAGCGAGCCGACCUCAGUUUUGAUGAUCCGAGAUUCACGUCAAUGUCGUUUGGAAAGCGCUUAGGCCCUGAUUUUGACCCAAGGUACGUGUCAAUGUCAUUCGGAAAACGCUCCGGUCUCGACUUAGACGAUCCCAGGUUUACGUCUAUGUCGUUCGGAAAACGCUCAGGCUUUGAUUUAGACGAUCCUAGGUUUGCAUCAGUGUCAUUUGGAAAGCGUUCCGGCUUCGAUUUAAAUGAUCCCAGGUUUGUAUCCAUGUCGUUUGGCAAACGCUCGGAAUUCGAUUUAAAAGACCCGAGAUUCUGGUCAACGUCAUUCGGAAAGCGACGAUAA